GAACAACGGUAUGGACCGCCUAAGGAAAUAUUUAAAAAACAAGAGAGCGAUGAAGAUUUAUCUUCAUCUGAGGAUGCCGAGGAUGAUAUCGAUUACGGAAAAAUUAACAUCAAGAAAAUAAUAAAGGAAGGCGUUGCCGAAGAAUUUGAUGAAAAUGCAUUACGAAAAUAUCAAUUAGAACGAUUAAAAUACUACUAUGCUAUAGUAGACUGUGACACGGUAAAGACAGCUCGCGCUAUUUAUGAGCAAUGUGAUGGUACAGAGUUCGAAAGAAGUUCCAAUUUCUUUGAUUUGAGAUUCGUACCGGAUGGCGUGGAAUUUAAUGAUGUGCCAAGGGAGGUGGAUGAAUGUUACGAAGCCCCAGAUGUAUAUAAACCAAUUGACUUUACUACGAAUGUUCUUCAACAUUCACGUGCGAAAUUAACUUGGGAUGCAGACGAUCCCGACAGAGUUCGUCUUACUCGACAUAGCUUCACAAAGGAUGAUAUUGAUAAUAUGGAUUUUAAAAUUUAUCUCGCAUCUACCGAUGAAGAGUCAGAGGGAGACAAUGACGGGAUUAAACAAAAGUAUAAAAAUUUACUUGCCGAGAUUGAAGAAGAGAAAGAAGUUGAUGAAGAUUUAGAAGUGACAUUUGCCCCUGCAUUAACUGAAGUCAACAAUGAGGAAGAUGAUGAGUUAGAAGAGACUACAAUAGAAAAGUAUUUACGGAAACAAAAGGAGAAGAAGAAACUCAAAAAAGCAGCUAAAGAGGCGUCAAGGCAACUUGAAAUUGGAUCGGAUG